AUGGAGAUAGCGGGUGCCAGCCAAAAUUAUCUUGAGAGCUUGGUCGUGCCAGAUGAAGAAGCUGUCUCUGCGAAUACGAUGAGGGCUGCCCACUUACCAAAGCACAAGCCUCCGAGUCCGCCGAACCUGCUACGCUGCGAAGCACCAGUCCGCCAGUCCCGCUGCGCUGCACUGUGCCCCCUGCUCCAGUCCACCGGUUUACUCCGCCGCGUUAACUUUGUUCGGCGUCCGGUGCCCGCUCCCUAG